AACUAAUGAAAUUAUCUAUAUCCACUCUCCAAUUCCCAUCUCUCACUUCCCUAUCAUGCAUAUCCUCAUCAGUCAUCUCCCCUACUCUAUUUCUUUCUCCCUCUUCCCUGCUUUGCCACUCUCCUCAUCUAAGGAGGAACAUCAAAACAGUGUGAAAAAGCCUUCACUUUACCCCUCCCUCUGCUGUUGAGCUUUUUGACAAACCAAAAUAUUCCUCCAAUUCGAUAAAACUAAGAAUCAUGGUCCAACUUAUCCAAUAUAAUAAUCGAUUUGCAAACAAAACAACUCAAUUUUUUUUCAUCGGCUUUAGAAAAUUAAGCCCCGGUUCUCAGGCUUAAAAGACACCAUCCUUAAAAAUAAAAUCCGACACACACACGUGUGAACGAACACCAAGACAGACUUCGUAGCACACCAAACACUCACAUUAAAAAAACAUCACGAAGCUAAUUUCGUAGCACACCAAACCAUAAUGGAUGUCGCCGGCGCCGGAAGUUCCACACCCCACCACCGAUUGGAUCAACUAAAGGCCUUCGACCAAUCCAAAGCCGGCGUCAAGGGCCUCGUCGACGCCGGCGUCACCAAACUCCCACCAUUCUUCAUCCGUCCGCCGGAAGACCUCGCCGCCGCCGACACACUUUCCCACGAGCCCCCCGGUGCCCACUUCAGGAUCCCCGUAAUCGACCUCGGGGACGUCGCCGGAGACCGCUCCGGCGCGGUGGCGGGUGUCCGGCAGGCGGCGGAGACGGUGGGGUUCUUCCAAGUGGUGAAUCACGGGAUACCGGUGACGGUGUUGGAGGAGGCGUUGGCGGCGGCGCGUGAGUUCCACGAGCUGGCGCAAGAGGUGAAGGGCGAGUAUUAUAGCAGGGAGCUUCUGAAGAAGGUGAAGUAUGGAAGCAACUUUGAUUUGUAUCAGUCCAAGUAUGCUAAUUGGAGGGACACUCUUUUCUGUGUCAUGGCUCCUCAACCUCUUGAUCCUCAAGAAGUGCCUUCUAUCAUUAGGGAUAUAACAAUGGAAUACUCUAGGCAAGUUCAGGUGUUGGGGAGAGUUUUAUUUGGGUUAUUAUCAGAAGCACUUGGACUCAACACCGACCAUCUUGAAAGCAUGGAUUGUGCAAAGGGACACUCAAUAUUGUUUCACUAUUAUCCAUCAUGUCCUGAGCCAGAACUCACUAUGGGCACUACCAGGCACUCUGAUCCUGAUUUCUUAACAAUUUUGCUUCAAGAUCACAUUGGAGGGCUCCAAGUUUUGAGCCAUAAUGGAUGGGUUGAUGUUCCCCCGGUUCCUGGAGCUCUAGUAGUAAACAUUGGAGAUCUACUACAGCUAAUGUCCAACGACAGAUUCAAAAGUGUGGAGCACCGUGUGCUUGCAAACCACAUAGGGCCUAGAGUAUCGGUGGCAUGCUUUUUUACUCUUCAUCUGCAUCCAACAACAAGAUUGUAUGGACCCAUCAAGGAACUAUUGUCAGAAGAUAACCCCCCAGUUUAUAGGGAAACAUCACUCAAAGAUUUCAUUGCUUACUAUGAUAACAAGGGACUUGAUGGGAAUUCAGCUCUUGCCCAUUUUAUGAUACCACGAUAAAUACGAAGUUUCAACGAGUUAUAGUAGCAUGCUUUAUCAGUUAAAACCUUUCACCCGACAAUUCAAAACUCUAUGUGGAACUAGCUAGAAGGGAUUUGCUGAUAGAGAAAAAUUCUUAGUGUACCAAGAAAUCACAGUUGUAACAAUGUAGCACAUUACAACGUCGAAGGAGAUCAAGUCUGCUUGAAACGUGAUAUAUUGAGAAAUCUGGCAUGUUCCGUUUGCUGUUCCUAAACUCUUAAAUGUUGGUUGAAGAGGUCUGAAAAUUUUGUUCAGUACGUAAAUUGUAAAUGAACAUAUAAAAAUCUAUCAAACGUUAUUGAAAACCAGACAUA